GUACACGCUGUAUCACAUAGGAAGUGACGUCUAUCUGCGUGUUCUGUCUUAUGUGGUCCGAUGGGCUCCGGUCUCCCGUCUGCUGUCGUUCCGGGGAAAUAAUAUGGAGCCGCUGCAGAAACUGCUGGAUAAUUUGCGUGCUAUUCUGGGGAAACUGCGAGAUGGAGAAUCCAGUGAAAAUAACAACUUUAACCCACAAUCCUUCUGGGAAACACUUGAACAAGCCUUUAAAGCCACUUCUCAAGAAGCCACAAAAAUAAGCCUGGCUUACUCUCAGCCUCCACUGCCAUCAGCAGAGGACUGUCAGAAAUUAAGUGAUGGACUUCUCCAUGCUAUUUUGGCAACUGCUACUUUGUAUUACUCCCUCCGUAAGGAACAAGGUACCACUCUACGUAAGACGGUGCGAGAGGCAGUAGCAGAUGUUAUAGAGGGCACCAUGCAGCUGCUGGAAGUCAUACUGAGCUCACGUAUACAGAGUCUGUCACAGGCACAGCUGGUAUCCACAGGCAGUGUGUGGGAGGCUUGUGACCAGUUUGCACAUAUUCCUAAAGACAACCAUGCAGCAGUAAUGUUGAUCAUAUCGGGAUAUCUGGGUGUUGUCAAGGAUGCCUUAGAAGAGAUGGAACAGGCUGUGUCAGGAGGAGAGGAUCCUUUCAGUGACAUCCUAGAAGAUGAUGAUGAUGAUGAAAUUGGUGCUCGUGGAAACCAGGAUACAUACUGGUCAGAGGCAGAUCACAGGCUUAUAGCUCCCUGCUUGGGCCUCAUGAAGGCUUCAAAAGCCUGUCUGAAGAAGGUUCUAGGGACCAUGAAGGCUCAUGGGAAGGUGGAGACAGCAGAGCAAGUGGCACAGCUAGAUGACCUGGCCGAUAUUACACAGGAAGUCAGCCCCAGUGUGGACGAACUGGCCCUGAGCAUGUACCCUCCGAUGAAUCAUGUUGCUGUACGUCUUAAUGCUGCAAAGUUAUCCUCUGUGCUGAAGAAAGUGCUGGAGAUCACAAGUGCCAGCCAUGUUUGCCCUGAUGCCGAAUCCGGUUGGGUCCAGUUCCUCCAUACUGCCAUUACCCAUAAUAUGGACAAAGUGAAAAACUUGACCCAGGAAGCGCUUUGAUAAUUUAACACCAGGCUUUACCUAUAUUGCGCUAGUCCUGGCAACUGCAGCACAUUUCAUUGUGCCCUGUACUUAAGAUCGGCUUCAUAUGUAAGGACAAGUCAAGUCUACGGGCACUUUGUGGCAGCGGAAUGGAGCCUAUGUUGGGUAUAUGAUGGUAAAUGUGGUCUGUACUUACUGACUUACAACAUGAAGAAAUGUGACAACUGAUCAAAAUGUUUUCCACCAGUUCAGAAGAUUAGUUUUCUCUUCUCAUUGGUGCUUCAGUUAUCUCCUGCUGAACAGACGGCUCUGGCAGCAGCUGCUGGAGAUGGGACACAGCAGCCUGCGUGGGCACAUAUGAUAAAUGUGCCUGGAAUGCAGUGAUACAGAAAGCAGACACGCCUCCAUGUUGUGUAAAAAUGAACGCAUUUAUCUCCUGAUGUUUUUUGUGUGUAUUGUAUUCUGCUUUGCAGUAUAUUGACAUUACCGUGAAUUAGGUUAUUAUCCUGAAAGGAACUAUCCGCUUUACAAAUUUUUUUAUUGCACCCACCCCUUUAAUUGGUGGAUCAGGGGGUUCUUUCUAUGGCAGCCCAGCUGUUCAAAGUGAUUGCUAUAACAGCAAUACACAACGUACAUACAGUACAGUACAGUAGUCCCUAGAGCUACUUUAAGCCUUCUGAUAACAAGUGCUAUUCAUAUUCUCCAAGCUGAAAGGCUGAACCUGGCUGGGUGGAUCGCUGGGACUUCUGUAACACUGCUAUUAAUGGGACGAUGAAGGAUUAUUAUUGUCUCUCUUCUAUGACCUGCUGCUUGAGUUUUUCUGCAUCCUCCGAGUAAGAGAUGCGCUUUGCAAAUAAUAAAACUGGGCUCUUAUCUGAGUUUUCAUAAUGUA